AUGGAGCCCAGCGAGCUUGCUAUGCAAGCGGCAAGCGUCGACCUAUCCAGUACUUCAUGGCUGGAUAGCUCCAUUCUGGUCGAGAAGGUCAACAACCUGAAGGAAAUCAGUCUGGGGAACUGUCGCCUUCUCUACGGCAGCGAGCGCGGCAAAUUCUACGACAUUGUGAUCGGCGAGGAUGAGGAAACAAAAUCGUUUGGCGCAGUCCUCACUUGCAACCAAGACAGUCAAACCAAGCUCUUACGCACGUCCACGAGCACCUGCCCCGUCAAGGCCGUACGCAAGCUGGUCAGUGACCUUCAGAAGGAUACCGCAAAGCUCUUUCUCAAGUACGGCGUCGGAUCCCAGCUAGACGGCCAACAAGGCUACACCGACAGGGACACCGGAGAGUUUCAACUCUGGGGCACUGCCUAUGACAAGCGGACAAAUGGUCCGGACGAUGACACCAUGGGUCUAUUGAGGUCUUGGAGCGGCGCUUCUGGUGUACCUUGGAGGGACAGCCGCUUUCCGAGGAAUGGUGGUGCGAGUGGGUACGAUCGCAGCGGGUAUGAGCGCAGAGCUACAGAGCAGAUGCCUCGCUCGGCAGACAUCUUGAACUACUACGAUGAGUUGUAG